CGCGGCGGCGGGGAGGCGGCGGCGGCGGCGGGGGGGGAGCAGCAGCCGCCUCCGCCGCGGGCGUCCCGGCGGCGCUGAGCGCGUCCCGCCGGGGAGCGGCGGGGCCGGGCCGGGCUGUCACGGCGGCGAGGGGCAUUGUCGGCAGCGGGGCGGCGGCGGCGGGGGGAGCCGGGCGGGUGGGAACAAUAGCGGCGCGGGGAGGGGAGGGGAGGGGAGGGAGGCGGCAGGCGCGGAGCCGCCGGCGGCGGGGCUCGGCACCCGCCCGCCCCGGGGGCAGCCGCAGCGCAGCCCGCGGGCAGCCGCAGCCCAGCCCCGGGGCAGCCGCCCCGCAGGCUCCGCCGAAGGGAUGAGCCGGGCGGCGCUCGGCCGGGCUCGCCGCUAAAAGCGCCUUCAUCCCUCCCUCCCUCGCUCCCUCCUUCGCUCCCUCCCUCUUUUCUCUCUCUCUCUCUCGGCUCUCCUCCUCCCUAACUCACUGGAUAUUAGCAGCCGCCGGCCUCGCCGCCGCCUCUCCCCCAGCCAUGAAUCCCGCCGAAGGGGCAGCGGAGGACGGCGCUGUCCCCGACUCCGAGGUGGAUGCCUUCUUCCGCACAGGUUCUUUUCGAAAUGAUGGCUUAAAAGCUGCUGAUGUCCUUCCUAUACUAAAGGAGAAAGUGGCCUUUGUGUCAGGUGGCCGUGAUAAACGAGGUGGUCCUGUCUUGACCUUCCCAGCCCGCAGCAAUCACGACAGAAUAAGGCAGGAAGACCUUCGGAAACUUGUGACUUAUUUGGCCAGCGUGCCAAGUGAAGAUGUCUGUAAACGAGGAUUCACUGUUAUUAUCGAUAUGCGGGGAUCCAAAUGGGAUUUGAUCAAGCCUCUUCUAAAGACCCUUCAAGAAGCCUUUCCUGCCGAGAUUCACGUUGCCCUGAUAAUAAAGCCUGAUAAUUUCUGGCAGAAGCAGAAGACAAACUUUGGCAGUUCCAAGUUCAUCUUUGAGACAAGUAUGGUCUCUGUUGAAGGCCUGGCAAAACUCGUGGAUCCUUCUCAACUGACGGAUGAGUUUGAAGGAUCUUUGGAUUACAACCAUGAUGAAUGGAUAGAGUUGCGCGUCUCCUUGGAAGAGUUUUUCAACAGUGCUAUUCAUUUAUUAUCAAGGCUGGAGGACCUCCAGGAAAUGUUGGCUAGGAAGGAAUUUCCAGUUGAUGUUGAGGGCUCUAGAAGGCUAAUUGAUGAGCACACGCAGCUUAAGAAAAAAGUGAUUAAAGCUCCUGUGGAAGAACUGGAUCGUGAGGGUCAGAGGUUAUUACAAUGCAUAAGAUGCAGUGAUGGUUUUUCUGGUAGGAACUGCAUUCCUGGAAGUGCAGAUUUUCAAAGUCUCGUGCCAAAGAUCACCAGCCUUUUAGACAAGCUGCAUUCCACCCGGCAACACUUGCAUCAGAUGUGGCAUGUCCGCAAGUUGAAAUUGGACCAGUGCUUUCAACUCCGACUUUUUGAACAAGAUGCUGAGAAGAUGUUUGACUGGAUCAGCCACAACAAAGAAUUGUUCCUGCAGAGUCACACGGAGAUUGGCGUGAGCUACCAACAUGCCCUUGACCUACAGACGCAGCACAAUCACUUCGCCAUGAAUUCCAUGAACGCCUAUGUCAACAUCAAUCGGAUCAUGUCGGUUGCAUCCAGGCUUUCUGAGGCAGGCCAUUAUGCUUCCCAGCAGAUUAAACAAAUUUCUACCCAGCUGGAUCAAGAGUGGAAGAGUUUUGCUGCAGCUCUGGAUGAGCGCAGUACCAUCUUAGCCAUGUCUGCUGUCUUUCACCAGAAAGCUGAACAGUUCCUUUCAGGUGUGGAUGCCUGGUGCAAAAUGUGCAGUGAAGGAGGCCUCCCCUCAGAAAUGCAAGACCUGGAACUGGCCAUCCAUCAUCAUCAGUCUCUGUAUGAGCAAGUAACACAGGCCUACACAGAGGUGAGCCAGGAUGGAAAAGCUUUGCUGGAUGUCCUACAGCGUCCCUUGAGCCCUGGGAAUUCUGAAUCCCUCACCGCUACUGCAAACUACUCCAAGGCUGUCCACCAGGUGUUGGAUGUGGUACAUGAAGUCCUGCAUCACCAGCGGCGCCUAGAGAGCAUCUGGCAACACAGAAAGGUCCGGUUACAUCAAAGGCUCCAACUCUGCGUUUUCCAGCAGGACGUUCAACAGGUAUUGGACUGGAUUGAAAAUCAUGGGGAAGCCUUCCUGAGUAAACACACUGGAGUGGGGAAGUCUCUGCACAGAGCACGUGCGCUGCAGAAAAGACAUGAUGAUUUUGAAGAGGUAGCACAGAAUACGUACACCAAUGCAGACAAGCUUUUAGAGGCUGCAGAGCAGUUGGCUCAGACUGGGGAAUGUGACCCUGAAGAGAUCUAUAAAGCAGCCCGGCAUCUGGAAGUACGAAUUCAGGACUUCGUCCGAAGAGUGGAACAGAGAAAACUUCUCUUGGACAUGUCAGUCUCCUUCCAUACCCACACCAAAGAGCUGUGGACAUGGAUGGAAGAUCUGCAGAAGGAGCUCUUAGAGGAUGUCUGUGCUGACUCGGUGGAUGCGGUUCAGGAGCUUAUCAAGCAGUUUCAGCAGCAACAAACAGCCACCUUGGAUGCUACCCUCAAUGUUAUUAAAGAAGGGGAAGAUCUAAUCCAACAGCUCAGGGACUCAGCCGUUUCCAACAACAAGACUCCACACAAUAGCUCCAUCAGCCACAUUGAAUCUGUCCUUCAGCAGCUCGACGAGGCCCAGGUACAGAUGGAAGAGCUCUUCCAUGAGAGGAAGAUUAAGCUAGACAUUUUCCUUCAGCUCCGGAUUUUUGAACAGUACACCAUUGAGGUUACAGCAGAGUUAGAUGCCUGGAAUGAAGAUCUGCUGAGACAAAUGAAUGAUUUCAAUACGGAAGACCUCACUCUGGCUGAGCAACGUUUGCAGCGCCACACCGAGCGGAAGUUGGCUAUGAACAACAUGACCUUUGAAGUCAUCCAGCAAGGACAAGAUUUACACCAGUACAUCAUGGAGGUCCAGGCUUCAGGCAUUGAGCUGAUCUGUGAAAAAGACAUUGAUCUAGCGACACAGGUUCAAGAGCUGCUGGAAUUUCUUCAUGAGAAACAGCAUGAGCUGGAGCUUAAUGCUGAUCAAACUCACAAGAGGUUAGAGCAGUGCCUACAACUCCGGCACCUACAGGCUGAAGUCAAGCAGGUGCUUGGCUGGAUCCGGAAUGGUGAAUCAAUGCUGAACGCGAGCCUUGUCAACGCAAGCUCCCUUUCCGAAGCUGAGCAACUUCAGCGAGAGCAUGAACAAUUUCAGCUGGCCAUAGAGUCCCUCUUUCAUGCCACUUCCUUACAGAAGACACACCAGAGUGCCCUGCAGGUCCAGCAGAAAGCCGAAGUGCUGCUACAGGCUGGGCACUAUGAUGCCGAUGCCAUCAGAGAGUGCGCUGAAAAGGUGGCCUUGCACUGGCAGCAGUUGAUGCUGAAGAUGGAGGACAGGCUCAAACUGGUCAAUGCCUCUGUGGCGUUCUAUAAAACUUCUGAGCAGGUGUGCAGCGUAUUGGAGAGCUUGGAGCAAGAAUACAGACGGGAUGAAGACUGGUGUGGAGGUCGAGAUAAACUUGGACCAGCAGCUGAGAUAGACCAUGUCAUCCCUCUGAUCAGCAAACAUCUGGAGCAGAAGGAAGCUUUUCUCAAGGCCUGCACGCUGGCGCGUAGGAACGCUGAGGUGUUCCUCAAGUACAUCCACAGGAACAAUGUCAGCAUGCCUGGAGUAGCAAGCCAUACAAGGGGGCCUGAGCAGCAAGUGAAAGCCAUUCUGAGUGAGUUGCUGCAGAGAGAGAACCGGGUCCUUCACUUCUGGACCCUGAAGAAGCGGAGGUUAGAUCAGUGCCAACAGUAUGUUGUCUUUGAACGCAGUGCCAAACAGGCCUUAGACUGGAUCCAAGAAACAGGCGAAUAUUACCUCUCUACUCACAACUCCACAGGGGAAUCAGCAGAAGAAACUCAGGAACUCCUGAAGGAAUAUGGGGAAUUCAGAGUACCUGCCAAGCAAACAAAAGAGAAAGUGAAGCUCCUCAUCCAGCUGGCUGACAGCUUUGUAGAAAAAGGACAUAUACACGCCACUGAAAUUAGGAAGUGGGUCACCACUGUUGACAAACGCUACCGUGACUUCUCUCUCAGGAUGGGGAAAUACCGCUACUCCCUGGAAAAAGCCCUUGGAAUCAAUACAGAGGAUAACAAGGACCUAGAGCUAGAUAUUAUUCCAGCAAGUCUUUCGGACCGGGAAGUAAAGCUGCGUGAUGCAAACCAUGAAGUCAAUGAAGAAAAAAGGAAGUCGGCCAGAAAGAAAGAGUUCAUUAUGGCUGAGCUGCUUCAGACUGAAAAAGCUUAUGUCAGGGACUUACAUGAGUGUUUAGAGACCUACCUUUGGGAAAUGACAAGUGGAGUGGAAGAAAUACCCCCUGGGAUCCUUAAUAAAGAACACAUCAUCUUUGGCAACAUCCAGGAGAUAUAUGACUUUCAUAACAAUAUUUUUUUGAAAGAACUAGAGAAAUACGAACAACUGCCUGAGGAUGUGGGCCACUGCUUCGUCACCUGGGCAGAUAAGUUUCAGAUGUAUGUCACCUACUGCAAAAACAAGCCUGACUCCAGCCAACUCAUCCUGGAACAUGCAGGGACUUUCUUUGAUGAAAUUCAGCAAAGGCAUGGUCUGGCCAACUCUAUCUCUUCUUACUUAAUCAAGCCCGUCCAGAGGAUCACGAAAUACCAGCUCCUACUGAAGGAACUGCUAACCUGCUGCGAAGAGGGCAAAGGAGAACUCAAAGAUGGUCUGGAAGUGAUGCUCAGUGUCCCCAAGAAGGCCAACGAUGCAAUGCACGUCAGCAUGCUGGAAGGGUUUGAUGAGAACCUGGACGUCCAGGGAGAGCUGAUCCUUCAGGAUUCCUUCCAAGUGUGGGAUCCCAAGUCCCUCAUUCGGAAAGGCCGUGAGAGGCAUUUGUUUCUCUUUGAAAUCUCUUUGGUGUUUAGCAAAGAGAUCAAAGAUUCUUCAGGACACACAAAAUACGUUUACAAGAACAAGUUACUGACCUCAGAACUGGGAGUGACUGAACAUGUUGAAGGAGAUCCCUGUAAAUUUGCUUUGUGGUCUGGCCGGACACCAUCCUCGGACAAUAAAACGGUGCUGAAAGCAUCCAGUAUUGAAACAAAACAGGAAUGGAUCAAAAAUAUCCGGGAAGUCAUUCAAGAAAGGAUUAUCCAUCUGAAAGGAGCUCUGAAAGAGCCAAUUCAGCUCCCCAAGACACCAGCAAAGCAGCGAAACAACAGUAGAAGAGACGGAGUAGAUGAUGCAGACAGUCAAGGAGACGGGAGCAGUCAACCUGACACCAUUUCCAUUGCAUCCAGGACAUCACAGAACACAGUGGACAGUGAUAAGCAUUUCGUCUACGGCAGAGACACAGGACAGUUGUCUGGAGGCUGUGAACUAACCGUGGUGCUCCAGGACUUCACAGCCGGCCACAGCAGCGAGCUGAGCAUUCAAGUCGGGCAGACCGUGGAGCUGCUGGAGAGGCCGAGCGAAAGGCCCGGCUGGUGCCUGGUCCGCACCACGGAGCGGAGCCCGCCUCAGGAAGGCCUGGUCCCCAGCAGCGCUCUUUGUGUUUCCCACUCACGGAGCAGCGUGGAGAUGGACUGCUUCUUCCCUUCAGGAAAAGACACAUAUUCGGUCUCUUCCAAUGACAACGGGGGCAAAUCUGAUUCAGUGGCCAACUUGCAACCUCAGCCAUCCCUCAACUCCAUCCAGAGCUCUCCUGGCCCCAAGCGCUCAACCAACACGUUAAAAAAAUGGUUGACUAGUCCUGUGCGCCGGCUGAACAGUGGGAAGGCCGAGAGUAACAUAAAGAAACAAAAGAAGGUGCGAGAUGGCAGGAAGAGCUUUGAUCUUGGCUCACCAAAGACCGGAGACGAAACCACUCCUCAAGGAGACAGCGCAGAUGAGAAGAGCAAGAAGGGUUGGGGAGAAGAUGAACCAGACGAGGAAUCUCACACACCCCUUCCUCCUCCUAUGAAGAUUUUUGACAAUGAUCCAACCCAAGAUGAGAUGUCCUCUUCUUUGCUAGCUGCUCGACAGAGCUCCUCCGAUGUCCCAACUGCUGCGGAUCUUGUCAGUGCAAUAGAAAAGUUGGUCAAAAGUAAGCUGACCCUUGAAGGAGGAUCCUACCGAGGAAGCUUAAAAGAUGCCACCGGCUGCUUAAAUGAAGGAAUGACGCCUUCAACUCCCCCAAGAAACCUUGAAGAGGAACAAAAAGCCAAAGCAAUGAGAGGCAGGAUGUUUGUCUUAAAUGAGCUGGUACAGACUGAAAAAGACUAUGUCAAAGACUUGGGAACUGUUGUGGAGGGCUUCAUGAAGAGGAUAGAAGAAAAAGGAGUUUCUGAAGAUAUGAAAGGGAAAGACAAGAUAGUAUUUGGCAAUAUUCACCAGAUCUAUGACUGGCAUAAAGACUUUUUCCUGGCAGAACUGGAAAAAUGUCUUCAAGAACACGACCGUUUAGCACAGCUUUUUAUUAAGCAUGAGCGGCGAUUACACAUGUAUGUGGUAUAUUGCCAGAACAAGCCACGAUCUGAAUAUAUAGUAGCUGAGUAUGAGGCAUAUUUUGAGGAGGUUCAACAAGAAAUAAACCAACGACUAACCAUCAGUGACUUUCUGAUCAAACCCAUUCAAAGAAUAACUAAAUACCAACUUCUUCUCAAGGACUUCCUAAGGUACAGUGAAAAAGCUGGUCUGGAGUGCUCCGAUAUAGAGAAAGCAGUUGAAUUAAUGUGCCUUGUACCAAAACGCUGCAAUGACAUGAUGAACCUGGGCCGUCUCCAAGGCUUUGAGGGCAAGCUGACAGCUCAAGGAAAGCUGCUGCAGCAAGAUACCUUCUAUGUAACAGAGCAGGAUUCUGGAGUUCAGUCUCGACCGAAGGAGCGUAGGGUUUUCCUCUUUGAGCAAAUAGUUAUCUUCAGUGAACUGCUUAGGAAAGGCUCUUUAACACCAGGAUACAUGUUUAAGAAAAGCAUAAAGAUGAAUUACUUAAUCAUUGAAGAAAAUGUGGACAAUGAUCCCUGCAAGUUUGCUCUAAUGAGCCGGGAAACAUCAGAGAGAGUCAUUUUACAGGCUGCUAAUCCAGAAAUUCAGCAAGCUUGGGUACAGGACAUCAACCAGGUCCUAGACACACAAAGAGAUUUCCUAAAUGCGCUACAGUCUCCCAUAGAGUACCAACGCAAAGAAAGUAGCUCUGCAGUGCUGAGGCCCCAGACCGGUAGGGUCCCUCAGCCCAACAGCAGACCCUAUUCUUCUGUUCCGGUAGGGUCUGAGAAGCCUUUGAAGGCUACAAGCCGUAACACAUCUCUCCCACCCCUGAAGAUAUCUACCUCCAACGGCAGCACAGGGUAUGAACACUCGCAACCCGGAGACAAGUACGAACAAAGCAAGACUGAUUUGGGAGGGUGCAAUGGGACCUCUUCCAUGGUGGUGAUUAAAGAUUACUAUGCACUGAAGGAGGAUGAGAUCUGUGUGAAUCAAGGAGAGGUGGUCCAGAUCCUUGCCAUCAACCAGCAGAACAUGUUCCUGGUGUACCAGCCUGCAAACGACCACUCUCCGGCUGCUGAAGGAUGGAUCCCCGGCAAUAUCUUGGCUCCCCUCACUAAAUCCACUACAGAUAAUAGCGACGGAAGCAUCAAGAAGUCAUGUUCAUGGCAUACCCUGCGCAUGAGAAAGCGGGCGGAAAAGGAGAGCAGUGGCAAAAAUGAAGCCAAUGGGCCACGUAAAUCCAAGGAUAUUCUGGGGAACAAAGUCUCUGUUAAAGAGACAAACAGCUCAGAGGAAUCAGAGUGUGAUGACCUUGACCCCAAUACUAGCAUGGAGAUAAUCAACCCAAAUUUCAUUCAGGAAGUGGCUCCAGAGUUUCUUGUGCCAUUAGUGGAUAUCACCUGUUUGCUCGGCGACACAGUGAUGCUGCAGUGCAAAGUCUGUGGACGGCCAAAGCCAACUAUAACCUGGAAAGGACCUGAUCAAAACAUCCUUGACAAUGACAACAGCACAGCCACUUACACGGUGUCAUCCUGCGACUCUGGAGAGCUCACCCUGAAGAUCUGUAACCUGAUGCCUCAGGACAGUGGCAUUUACACGUGUGUGGCAACUAAUGAACAUGGAACAGCAUCAACCUCUGCAACGAUCAAAGUCCAAGGUGUCCCAGCUGCCCCAAAUCGCCCCAUUGCUCAGGAGAGAAGCUGUACCUCUGUGAUCCUACGCUGGCUACCCCCGUCCAGCACAGGAAAUUGCACCAUUUCAGGCUACACUGUGGAGUACAGAGAAGAAGGGUCACAGGUCUGGCAGCAGUCGGUAGCCUCAACUUUGGACACUUACCUCGUCAUUGAGGACCUGACCCCGGGCUGCCAGUACCAGUUUCGAGUGAGUGCCAGCAACCCCUGGGGGAUCAGCUUGCCCAGCGACCCGUCCGAGUUUGUGAGGCUCCCUGAGUACGACUCUGCUGCUGACGGUGCUACUAUUUCAUGGAAGGAAAACUUUGACCUCGCUUAUGCAGAGCUGCAUGAGAUUGGGAGGGGACGAUUCUCCAUAGUAAAGAAAUGUGUUCACAAAGCCACCCGGAAGGACGUUGCUGUAAAAUUCAUUAGUAAAAAAAUGAAAAAGAAAGAGCAGGCAGCGCAUGAAGCAGCUUUAUUACAGCACUUACAGCAUCCUCAGUACAUCACUAUCCAUGACACCUAUGAGUCUCCUACUUCUUACAUCUUAGUUUUGGAACUGAUGGAUGAUGGUCGUCUCUUAGAUUAUCUAAUGAACCACGAUGAACUUAUGGAGGAAAAGGUAGCUUUCUACAUAAGAGACACGAUGGAAGCCUUGCAGUAUCUUCACAAUUGCAGAGUGGCCCAUUUAGACAUAAAGCCAGAAAAUUUGCUCAUUGACUUAAGAAUCCCAGUACCUCGUGUCAAGCUCAUAGAUUUGGAAGAUGCGGUGCAAAUCACAGGUCAUUACCAUGUCCACCAUCUCCUCGGAAACCCAGAAUUUGCAGCUCCUGAAGUUAUCCAAGGCCUUCCUGUCUCCCUGAGCACGGAUAUCUGGAGCAUUGGGGUUCUCACCUAUGUCAUGUUAAGUGGUGUCUCUCCAUUCCUGGAUGAAAGCAAAGAGGAGACUUGUAUCAAUGUGUGCAGAGUAGAUUUCAGCUUCCCACCUGAGUACUUCUCUGACGUGAGCCACGCUGCCAGGGAUUUCAUCAAUGUUAUCCUUCAGGAAGACUUCAGGAGAAGGCCAACAGCAGCCACUUGUUUACAGCAUCCAUGGCUGCAGCCACACAAUGGCAGCUAUUCCAAAAUCCCACUGGAUACCUCUCGCUUGGCUUCCUUCAUUGAGCGCCGCAGACAUCAGUACGACGUGCACCCAGUCCCCAGCGUCAAGAGUUUCCUAAUGAGCAGGCUGAAUCCGGGAACGUAAUGCAACCGAUCCCUGCGACACUACGCUGCUGGUCCUGAGGCAAGACGCAGGGAGCGAGCAGGCACAAAGCAGAUCUGUCUGUAUAUAGUUCUGUAUUCGGCAUUGCAUUUCGUGUGGUUUCCCUAACAGAUGGGUACAAAUCAGUCCGGAGGUUGCAGUAUCUGCCCAGUUACUCAGAACCAAAGUGCAGGGGGAUAAUGGUGGCAGGUACUUGCUUCCCUUCCCUUGGCAGGCUCUUCUUGGGAAGAUUGCUAUUGCCAUGCCUGCCAUAAAAUGGGGCUGUUGAAAACAAACACCAACUGGAAAUGAGAGCCAAAAUUGCAGUUGCCUUAUUCUUUAAGAGGCAGCCUUCUAAAAGAAGUCCUCUUGAUCUUGCUAAACUGAUUUCAAGAUACAUGACCAGCUAGGAGUAGAAUAGUGUGUGGAGGAAUAAGACUAGGCUGACCUUAGUGUGUGCUGCAGAACUGGACUGAAUUCAGUUUUUGCGGAAAUCACUGUAAGCCUGCUCCAGGUUAACAGAUGGAUUGUGCAAGCCCUGUAUGCCCAGGUAUCCCUCGAUUUUCCCAUGGAGACUCUGCUUGCGUAGGACAUGAACGGUCAGACCCUAUUCACUGUUGGAUCAGCUUUUGUGGUGGCAUGACUUAGAUACGCUCUCGUUAUGUGGUAGUGCUCAAACAGGCAAAAAUCCCAUGUUAAUCCUUGGGCUUUCGGCUACGUCAAGUCAACACGCAGUACCUUUUGGAACUACAGUUAAGGCAGUGAAUUCAUUGGAGCAUACAGCUGUUUCUGACUAAGCACAAUGGGACUAUGAUGGGGUUUUUUUAAAGGCGUUUUAUAAACAUUGUACAGAAAUCUUUUGCAAAACCUGUGCAUUGAGAAAAGGCUGUGUCCAAUUUUUGCAGUAUCUGUAAACUAGAUGAUGAUGACGAAGACAAUUUUUUCUAUCACAGGUUUUCAGUAUACAUAUAUUGUAUCAUAUAUAUAAAUAUAUAUAUAUAAAGGAUCUUGUUCCAUUUCUAGGUUCAGAAUUGCUUGGCCCAAAGUCCAUCUAAAGCCUUUCGAAGUGCAGUAGGAGUGGUGAGUUCAUCCUUGUGCUUACAGCUUGAAAAUCAUUUUCAGUGUUUAAAGUAUGUCAUUUCAUUUCCAGACUUGUAAAUAUCUCUCCAGCUGCCGUUAGCACCUCAUCACCAAAGCAUUCUUAAGCAUAUUUUUAUGUCCAAAGCCUAAUUUGUAAUGAAAGAAAAAAUAUUCACAAUUAAAAUAUUUCUCUCUCACAAGCCAAGUUGCAACAUCAUCAUGUUGAUGUUACAGUGACGGAACCAGCCUUAAGUAUGUCCAACACAGGGAGUCUGCAGUGACAAAUCAGCAGUUCACAGGCUGGCCACAUCUUCACUAUUUAGCAGUGGGAUUGGAAGGGGAAACACCUCUCUGGCUGGUCCUUCCCUAUCCUGCUCCUGCACCAUAAAACCCUACAGUCUUGUAGGCUGAUGAUCAAAGAGAUUUUUUUUCCCCCAGCAUGUGAAUACAUUGUCUCCGUGCUGAGUGCUGUUGCUGUGCCUGCAGUCGGGAAUGUCAGUUGUUACCAAAGGUUUUCCUAGGGAAAAGGGCUUGAUCUCACCAUAUGUACUCAGUAUAGACUCUCCUGAGAUAUCUUGUAAGGGCAAGAGUCGAAUUCAAUACACCAUCCAAAUAACUGCACUGUGAACCCAGAAUGUAUCUGCAGGAGCAAAAAUGGGCUCUGCCAGCAGGUGGUGGAGAUACUCUGCAAGUACUGUUAAAUCCUGGGGGCUCGGCCAACCCUUUUUCUGAUCCACCUCCCAGCUCAGUUUCAUGGCACGUAGGAUACCUGGACCUUCACUUUGUGCUUGCUCUAGCAGUGUGCUGGGGCGGUCAGUGUAUUAUGCUCGGGGACAAGGAAGGAGGCACAGCACAUUAAAACAUUCAGCACUAUAUGCAUGCGAUACACGAACAGACCUUGGAGAUCCAGGAGCCUCAGCCUGGGUGAGCCAGGGUCGUGGGGCAGAGCCAGAGGCAGCACAACAGGCUGCGUGAAUGACGGAGAGAGAUUUAAUACAGGGGAAAGGCAAGGAAAGGCUUGGAAGAGUGUUCGCAGGAGGCUGAAAAUCCUAGAUCAGCUAGGACCCGUUUCAGUUUCUCUCUAAGCAAUUCAGCAACACCUCUUAGACAAAGAACAGACUCAUCCUGAGCAAGAGGGCAAUGUAUGCGAUUUCUUAGCAACCAAAACUUCUUCAGACGGCAGUCAGCAAGGGGUGUCUUUAAUUAGCACCAGCCUCAGGUACUUUCUCAUUGCAGGACUGUUUGUACUUUCCUUCCUAUUUGUCAAAGCUGGCUCUUUGUGCUGUGAUUGUGCUGCCCUUAAAAAAAUGUUUAUGGAAUUGUGGUUUACAAAACCCACAGCUUUUAUUAGGCCUGUGGGUACAGUUUAAGCCACAGUCUUUCUGCUUGGCAUUAAUACAAACAAAUUCUCGUGUAUCACAUGAAAUCUGGAGUUAUUUAUGAUUUUAUUUUUUACUUCCUGCAUUCACGUCUCGAACUGCUACAGCAGACACUUUGGGCACAUAGGGGGAAAAAGCUGAAUUGAUUACGGGACUGUUUGAGCAUCCAGUUGGUAUCAAUAGAGAAAAACAAAAGGCUGAAAGCAGGUACAUUUUUAGGUUUUGGUGCCCAGAUUCAAAGGAAGCGAUUCCUCUUCAAGGGAGUGUUGGAGGUGCUGAACUCGGAAGCUUUUGAGUGUUACGGGGUUGUUUUCUGUUAUGACUUUGCUUUCUCCAUAGUCAUAUUAGAAAACUCCUCUUCCUGGGCACUGCUCUUUUUCCAGCAGUCAGGAAAACCUGAACCUGUUAAUAUUUCCAGAUAUGU